UGUAUAUGACGUUAGGGGGCAGUAGUGCCCCACUAGGGAUAGAUGGCUGUAGAAAAUCAAAAAGAAGAGUUAAAAAGAAACGCGAAGAAGAAGUUGGAGCUGUGAAACCCUCGUGAAGCGGGAACAGACAGCUUUGCUGACAUGGAAUGGGGUGUGAGUGAGCUGCCGUCUCCUGUGGUUCGAGACGAUGAGGUGACAGUUGCAGCCCGCAGGAGAAAAAAGGUGGCCUUUCCGUCACCAGGUGGUGGCAGUCCAGUCAGGUCUACAGUAACUCCUGCUCGCCCUCUGCUGAGGGCGACUCCUGCUUCACUCUUCAGACAGGCUGUAACUCCCAGAGUUCCGGAUGUUUCCUCAAUUUUGGCUCCAGAUGCUCGAACUCCUCGAUACACACACACACCCAGGAAUGCACUGAGUAGUUUGAACCUGGAUGACAGUGACUGGACCAAUAGCAUGUACACCUCCCCAGUGUCAGGCCUGGAAAAUACCAGCUUCUACACAGAAGACAUCGCCAACUGCAGCUCUGCUCUCCUGAAGGAGGACGAUCCAGGAGAGUCGGCUGCUGCCAGUCUUUUCCCAGAGUUCCUAGCAUCUUUUUUGAAACACUCCUCAUCCGCUGUGUUUGAGCUGCUGGAGGAUUUUCAGACACUUUGCCAGGAAAAGGUGGACGUGCUGCAGUCUGUGGUUCUCAGAGCAGGCCAGAACAGUAAAACUGCAGGAGUGCGGUGGCUGCUGCAGCAGGAGAGCAACACGUGGAGACUCAUCAACACCCUUUAUAAAGACAGAGUGCAGUUGUCGCUGGAGGACGACCUCAUGGCAGACAUUGUGGCUCCAAACGAGAGUGAGAAGAUAGUCGUGGAGCAGCUCUUUCAGAAGGAUGCUGUCAUACGUCACAGUCAGCUGGUCGUUGAUUGGCUGGAGUGCAUCGCCAGGGAUCAGAUUGGAGAUUUCUCUGACAACAUAGAAUACUACGCCAAAAAUGUCUGCUGGGAAAACACACUUCAUGCUCUAAAAAUGAGGAGGAAGAGCGGCACGGCCUUCACUGUUCCUCUGGUCACUGAGCUGGACCCAGAUGCUCCCCUGCGACAGCAGCGCCCUCUGGCGGACCUGGACAGAGAGGACGACGCUCGGCUGCUGAAGAAUCUGUUCAUGCUGAUUAAAGAGGCAUUUACACAAACUUUCUUUGGUUUUCAGGCUCAGAGGUUGUGUAAACGCUGUGGUCAGGCUUGGAGAGCUGCAACUCUGGAAGGAUGGAAACUAUACCACGACCCUAACAUGAACUCGGUAAGUGUGGAGCUGAAGCCUGUAGAAGGAAACCCUCACAGAGGAAUCUGGAAGACCUGCUGCUGGCGAAUGGCCGGGGAGGAGCAGUUAAACAGAUACGAGAGAGCCAUCUAUGCAAGUCUGAGUGGAAACCUCAAACCGAUUCUGGCAGUGUGUGAAUCCUGGGAGGACUGUGUGUGGGCCCACUUCAGAGUGAUGGUUGACUCUCUGGUAGAAAAGGAGCUGUUGUCGUCCGGGAUGACCAACCAGGAAGUUGACACGUUGCCCCGAGAAUAUCUGGAGGCUAACUGGACAAUGGAGAAGGCGUUCGAGGAGCUGCAGGCAACAGAAUCAAAGCGAGUUUUGGAGGAGACCAGAGAACAUUAUCACGUCAUCCAGAAGUUCAUCAUCCUCGGGGAUCUCGAUGGUCUGUUGGAGGAGUUUUCUGAUUGGCUAAAGGCCUCGAAGCCACUGCCUUCUCAUCUUCUGCGUUUCAUGACUCAUCUGGUUCUGUUCUUCCGUUCUCUCGGUCUGGCACUGAAGGAGCACGUUUGUGUGGACGUUCUCAAAUCAUACGUCUCCCUGCUUAUCCGGGAACAGCAGAACAACCUGGUGGCCAGUUACGUCGGACAGCUUCCCUCAGACCUGGCCACAGCUCAGUACGCUGCAUUUCUGGAGACGGUCACUCAGGCUGAGCUCCGCCCACGCUGCCUACAGCUGGCCACUGAGUCUGGUCUGGAUGUUGCUGCAAUAACAAAGCUGGUGGCUGAGACAGUGAGGGACAGGGACGACGGCGAGUUCACACACCACAGCCAGACCGUUGAGACGGCAACCACUCAAGAGGACCAGAAGAAGAUCGAUGUCAUCAACUGGCUGCUCUUUGACUCCGCCCACAGAUCGGAGGCUCUAAAACAGUCCAACGCUAUCAUGAGGACAUUUUUGGCUCUGCAAAAACACGAUGCAGCAAAGGCAGUGUUUUCCAAAGUGCCAGAAGAUUCCAUGAAAGAGAUCUGCAGCCAGUGGGCUGCCGUGGGUCAGAGUGUUUUACCUGCGGAGGACGAGAACGCUAUCAGAGAACAUCUGUGUAUUAGAGCGUACCUGGAAGCUCACGAGGCCUUCACUGACUGGUUCAGCCACAGUAGCUCUGCCCCCCAGAAGCCUGCACCAGCCCCUGAGGUCAAAUUCACAGAGAAGGUGGCCAAUGAGAUGAGAGAGAAGGAGUAUCAGACUGCCCUCUCCGCCUGGUCCUGUCGUCUUGAUGUUCUCACCGAAGACGUGAAGGAAAGAAUCUACAAUGUGUUGCUGUUUGUGGACGGAGGAUGGAUGAUGGACGGGAGACAGGAUCCUGAUUCAGAGCAAGACUCUGAGCGCAGCCACCAGAUGGCAGCUCUGCGCUCGCUCUGCCUGCCGCGCCUUACAUUUCUGUUGCUCAGCGUCCUGCAGAACUCCACCCGACACCAGGAGGCGCUCCGUCUCGCUGACAUCAUCUCAUCUGACCAACAUCGUCUCUAUGAGGUUUUCUCCAAAGAGGAGUUGAGGAGGUUUCUCCAGAAGCUCAGGGAGUCGUCACUCGCCUUGUUGGACAAGGGACUCGACCCACUGGGUUAUGAACUGCAGCAAUGAACAUAAACACACAAAAAAAGUCUUUUUCAAAUUUGUUUAUCUGUUUUUGACACACAAAAAAUAAAGUCUGCAUUUCCUGUA